AUGUGGUGGUUAUUCAGCAUCUUUUGCAGCUCCAUCUUCCUCUUUAGCAUCGUCUUGUCAAUACCCGUCGCCUUCGAUGUCGGCGGCCGUGAUAGCGGGCUGGCGUAUAGCCUGUCGCUAUUCAUCUACUACCUCGUAUACUCGGCAAUCCGCAUCGUGACUCCGACCAAGUCACGCCUCGGCUCGACCGUCUUUAACAUUCUCAGGCUUUCGCAGUGGAUUGUCAUUCCUUCACUUCUUAUCUGGGCCCUCGGUCAGUUUGCCGUUGACGCCGGAAGCACGAACUGGGUUGAGAGGACAUUAGGAGGCAUCUUCCAAUCCAAGAGCACGAGUUGGACGGAGUGGAUGUUUGGGAAAUAUGGCGUCUUGGAGACUCUCAUGUUGGGUAGCUGGGACAGUAUUCUUCGAUACUCUGGCCCCAUCUUCCAGCUUCUCGAGGGCUUUUGCACUCUUCUCGUCAUUCAGGCAGCGGGCCAGAUCACUCGCUGGCUUGUGAAUAGAGGACGAAGUGACACCUGGGUGAUAAUACUGUUGGCAUUCUCUGGCUCCAUUAUCGCCAGUGCCGUAUACUUCCUUUGGCGAGUUGCACAAUUUCCGCAAAUCAGCAACCUGGAUGCAACACUCAUCGGCGUAACCAUGACCACAGCAGUUUUUCUUUGUGCUUACGGCAUUGGGAGUGGGCGCGGAAACCCUAUUGAAAGCUCACUCCUGUUUGCUUACGUCGUGCUGUGCGUUUAUCAAAUAUUUACGGAUUAUCUGCCGUCAGAAGAAAUCGAAGGCCAGGCUUCAUCGCAACCUGACAUUCCACCUCUACCACCGGUCAUCAUGGCCUCUUACUCAACGCUGCUCCAUAUUUUGGGCUCGUUGCCGUCGGCCAUCCACUCUGCCUUGGCCCUUUUGUACGCCGCCUUCCAAACAAUCACACCGUCAGUCAUAAUUUCCCUGACGUAUCGACUUUUCGUGUUUUACUCGGCGACGAGAAUCAUUCCUUCGGUGCGUGAUCUUGGCGCACGUGCCCUCAUGGAGGAUCCCGACUUUGAGGACUCGGAAACAGCCAACAAGGUGCUGGGAUUUCUGAGUUGGUUCUCACCGUCCAUCCUGGUGUCAGUGUACACGAGCUUGCUUCUGCAACAUUUUUCAACGAGCGAAGGCCCCGACGGCUGGACUCUAAGGGGAGGCGACGUUGGGGGCAGCACAUGGAGAUGGAUCAAUGUCGGUCUGACCAUGGUGUUGUACGGCGUGGAGCUGUACCUGGGCACAGACGAGCCUGAUCACUGGAAAGUUGACUAA